CAACAUGUCGGACGGCGAGAGCGAAGGCGAGGUGUAUAUCCAUGACGAGACCUGGGUCGAAGCCCAAAGACAGACGUUCGGAGCCUGGGUCAAUGUGGUGCUGCAGCGGGACGGGCAUCAGGUCGAGGUCAAUGACUUGUAUUCAGAGUUUGCAUCGGUUUUGGUCGAAUUGGCCUCGGCGUUGACGGGUUGGUCCCCGCCGAGAUCGGUGAAGAAGACGCCGAAGCUGAUGGCGCAGAAAAUCGAUAACAUUGGCGUGGCUCUGGCCGUGUUUCAGGCCGACGGCGUCGCCUUGGGCUCCAUCGAUCCAAACUCGCUCUGUUCAGGGCGCAAGGUCGUCAUUCUUGGUCUCAUCUGGAACCUUAUUCAGUCGUACUCGGUUGGCAAGUCGUGGCGCGGUAAGGCGCAGGCCGAGCUCACACGAUGGAUCCGGAUAGUCACUGGCGACGAGACGGCGUCUCUGUUGGGCUUUAGCUCUGGCGAACUGCUUGUGCAGCUCAUUCGUGCCCUGGCGCCUGUGGCGGGCGGUGAGGCGCAGACGCGGAUCGAAGCCUUUAACGCAUCGUGCCACGAGCCGGGGAUUGAGCUGAACCGUGCUGCGCUCGACCUUGCGCAUGAUGCGCUCGGGGUUGAGCCGCUCAUCGCGGCAGAGCUGCUCUCUUCGCGCGAGCCGGACAUUCCCUCGCUUUUCACCUACGUUGCGCAGUUCUACAAGGACUUUUCCGAGCGCGUUGCGGCGGUGCAUGCCGAGCGUGAGGCAGCCAAGGAGGCCGAGCGUGAGGCAGCUGAAUCCGCCGAGCGUGAGGCAGCUGAAUCCGCCGAGCGUGAGGCAGCUGAAUCCGCCGAGCGUGAGGCAGCUGAGGCAGCCGAAGCCGCCGAGCGUGAGGCAGCUGAGGCAGCCGAGGCCGCAGCAGCAGUUGAGCGCGAGGCAGCUGAGGCAGCCGAGCGUGAGGCAGCCGAAGCCGCCGAGCGUGAGGCAGCCAAGGCAGCCGAGGCCGCAGCAGCAGUCGAGCGUGAGGCAGCUGAGGCAGCCGAGCGUGAGGCAGCCAAGGCAGCCGAGCGUGAGGCAGCCGAAGCCGCCGAGCGUGAGGCAGCUGAAUCCGCCGAGCGUGAGGCAGCUGAGGCAGCCGAAGCCGCCGAGCGUGAGACAGCUGAGGCAGCCGAGGCCGCCGAGCGUGAGGCAGCUGAGGCAGCCGAAGCCGCAGCAGCAGUUGAGCGUGAGGCAGCUGAGGCAGCCGAGCGUGAGGCAGCCGAAGCCGCCGAGCGUCAGGCAGCUGAAUCCGCCGAGCGUGAGGCAGCUGAGGCAGCCGAACGCGAGGCAGUCGAGGCCGCAGCAGCAGUUGAGCGUGAGGCAGCUGAGGCAGCCGAGCGCGAAGCAGCCGAAGCCGCCGAGCGUCAGGCAGCUGAGGCAGCCGAGGCCACAGCAGCAGUUGAGCGUGAGGCGGCCGAGACGGUUGAAGUGACCGAGGCGGCUGAGCACAGCGCAGCAGCAGCAACAGCUACAGCAUCCGAGCACGAGGCAUCCAACCCACCUCCACCCACCGCCACCCAAUCCGAGGACCCCGCACAGGACGCAGCUACUGAGGCUGCUUCCGACGCGAGUGCGAUCCCCAUCAGCAACGUUGCCAAUGCCUACCGAAACUAUUCCGACUCAUAUUCUGAUUCGGACUCGGACUCGGGCGUGUACUCGGCGAGCCUGCCAUCGGACCCGAUGCGCGAGGCUGUUCCAGCGCCCACCCCGGCUGCUGCCCGCGCCCCAAUCCCUGUUGCCCAGCGCCUGCUCAACCGCGGCAACAAGAAUCCGGCGCGCGAGGAGGCACGCAAGACGCUCAUUGUCGACCUGCCUGACUCGCUCGCCGACCUCGCCUCGGCCGAGUCGCAGUCACCGUCGUCCCGCCGCUCGUCGCGCCUCUCUAUCGUUGCCGGCGAGCUGCGUGCCGGUGCCUUUGCCCGUACCCUCUUCGCCUUUGAGGGCGAGGACGACGACGAGCUGCCGUUUGCAGCCGGCGACACACUGCUCAUCCUCGAGACACCAUCACCUGGCUGGUUUGUGGCCGAGCGCGACGGCCAAGUUGGCUACGUUCCGUCCAACUACCUCGAGUUCUUCUCCGACAAGCCGCUCUCAACGCUCGACUCGCCGCGCUUCGUCUCAUCGCGCCGCUCGUCCCUCUUUGACUCUCAAUGCGAAGACACCGAGGAGGCGCUCCUUCGCCAGACUGCAGACGGCACAGCUCUCUUGCCGUACGACUCGCUCACCCUCGAUAGCACCGAGCUGCCUGAGGCCGAGCCUGCCACGUCGCCCGCGACGCUUUCGCUUCCGGCCGAGCGCCCGACUCGUAAGGGGACCUUGUCGCAACUGCUCGAACAGCCGCCCUCGGCCGAGCUCGACCUCGCUGAAGUCUCAAUUGGCAUCACCUUUGCCGACGAUGCCGCUGACCCCUCACCUCACCUUGUCUCGGUCCGCCUGACGCAGGAAACACCGCCUGUAGGUCUCUCAGCCUCGGCCACCGCCGUGGUCGAAGCCGACCCCGACGGCCAGUUUUUUGUCCGCGUCACGUCGGCUCGGCCUGGCCGCUACCUUGUCCAGGUCAUAGUUGCCGGUGACGUCACCGAACAUUUGAUUCUCUCGCUCGACGACGCGCUUGUGGCCUCGAUCGUCCCGCUCGCCGUCGAUGACGACGACAGCGAUGACGUUCUCGCCCAGCUUCCGGUCUCCUUCCUCCGCGCCAUCAACGCCACCGGACCGGUUCGCGCCCGCCAGGCUCAGCUGGACGGCUCAAACUCGGGCUCUGUGCCUGAAUCACGUUCGCGGACGGCCUCGACAGCCUCGACAGCGUCGACAGCAUCGGCUGGCCCACUCGGCUUCACCACUGACGACGGCUCGAUGAGCUUGCUCUUUGAGUCGCCCCCGUCAGACGCGCCGUACCUGCACCGAUCGUCUUCUGCCGGCCCUUCGCGCCGCCGUCGCGCUACCACCGCCAUGCUCACCAACGAGCCGGUUGAGAUCUCACACCUCCGUCCGCACUGCGUCGGCCUUUCGUGGGACCUCGCUGACGGGAGCCGGUUGGCCGCGUCGGCAGCGCAGCUUGUUCUCGCCGCCGUUGGCCUCGACGCCCAGCACAAGGUCAUCGAUGUCGUCGGCCUCGGCGCAGCCAGCGAGCUCGACGACGGCCUCGCGCUUGUCACAGGCGACGACAACGAAACCAUCUGCCCGCAGGUCCUCCACCUCAAGCUCGACGCCCUUAACGUCCGGGUUGCACACGUCAUGCUCGUCGCCUACGUCGCUCCGCUCGAUGUGCCGGCCGAGGGCAUCACGGCCCCGUCGCUCACCUUUGGUGAAGUCUCGUCGCUCCAGGCGCACAUCUUCGAGUCGACCGACCACAAGGGUCCCGACCUCAUCAAGCAGUACUCGUCCUGCGAGCGCAACGGUGCCAUCGCCCGCAACUCGUUCGGCAAGGUCACCGUCGUCCGCGGCGAGCACACCUUCCAACUCGUCGCCGUCCUCUCCAAGGUCGAGCUCACCAUGCUCGCCAAACCGUGGCGCUUUGCUUUCCACAAUGAGCCCAUCGACCUUUCCCUGCACUCGACCGGGAUCGAGCCCACUCCGCAGACCGUCGCAGUCCUUCUCGCGGCUUUUGCCUCGGAGCGCAACCUCCUUCCACCCAAGCCCGUAGUCGCCGUCUCCAAGGCCGGCGGCUUUGUGUGGAAGAAGGGUGGGAAGCGGCGGAACUGGAAGAAGCGGUUCAUGCUCCUCUCGGGCGGCUUCCUCUACUACUUUGUCAAGCCGCCCACCGCCCGCCCAGGCUCCCGCGAGUUCAUCAAUCUUGCCAAGGGCCGCAUUCCUCUAGUCGACGCCUACGCCAACGGCUCAUUUGAGCACCGCAAGUUCGACUUUGCCUUCCAGAUCAUCACCCCGACCAGGACCUACAUCAUGCGUGCAGACUCGGCCGCCGAAAAAGACUUUUGGCUCACCACCGUCCGUGAGGAAGCUGCCCUCCUCCGCUACCAGCACGAUCUCGCUGCCGCCGGCUCCUCAACCUAGCCGCUCACACUCGUCCAUC